CGCAGGGGUUUUGCCGUGAACUGUUUUGGGCUACACACAGGAAACGGUCUUCCUAUGACGCAUGCUCCUUAACAGCGGUUGAACAUGGCAGACAGAGUGAAGCCGUCAGAGGGGCUGCAGCUCAGUCAGGAAUGGCUGGAGGCGGCAGACUGCAGGUCGCAGCUGCUGCAGCACCUGAAGGACCAGGUACCUCAGAUCUUCUGCCUGAAGAAGGAGCUCAGCCCUCAGGAAGAAGAGGAGCUGACUCAGAGGCGACUCCUUCAUCCUCUGGAGUGCUUCCUGUUCGGAGAGGAUCCUCAAGAAGGUCUGGAGAAGCUCAAGCAAGGCAGCACCUCCUUUCAGCUCUGUGGCCGUGUGUUCAAGGAGGGAGAAACUGUUUACUCCUGCAGGGACUGUGCAAUAGAUCCUACCUGUGUGCUGUGCAUGGACUGCUUCCAGGACAGUGUGCACAAAAGCCAUCGUUAUAAGAUGCACGCGUCAUCGGGCGGGGGGUUCUGUGACUGUGGCGAUGUGGAAGCCUGGAAGAUCGGUCCGUAUUGCUCCAAACACGACCCGGGGGCUGCCACUGCCAUGGAUGAAUCGGUUUUAGAGCCGGAGUUGUACGAACGUGCUGAGAAGCUGUUUCGGAUCCUUCUGGGCUACGUCACUAACUUCCUGGUAUGGGAGGAGGACUUUGAGCUGUCGGCUGAACUUCAGCCCCGAAUAAAAGACAGCGCAUACUACUGUGUGCUGUACAACGAUGAGCACCACUCGUACGACCACGUGAUCUACACCCUGCAGCGAUCGGUUAACUGUGAUCAGGCUGAGGCACAAACACACACAACACUUAUUGACAAAGAGGGUCGGCGGGCAGUGAAGAGAGGACCGCUCCGCACCUGUCAGCAAGUGAAAGACCUUAUCAAGUCCAACUCCGAGCACAUCUCCCUGCAGCCUCUACGUGUGGAGAUCCUCCCUUCAGCAGUGAUGGCUCAUCAGACUUUUGCUCUCUGCCUCGGCUCCUGGUUCCAGAAGAUCAUUGGUUACUCAGUGGGCUUCAGACAAGCCUUCUGUCAGGUUGCAUUAGAACCAAACGCAGACGGAGAUUGGCCUUGUCUCAUCAGCAGACUCAUGCUGCACGAUGCACGGAUGUACAAAGGGGCUCGCAAGAUAGUACAUGAGCUGAUUUUCUGUAGCAUGCUGAUGGAUUCUGAAUUCAAGAGGCUUUUUGCAAUCGAGUUUACAAAAUACUACAAACAGCUACAGAAGGACUUCAUCAGUGAUGACCAUGAAAGGAGUAUAUCCAUCACGGCUUUGUCUGUUCAGAUCUUCACAGUUCCUACAUUGGCCAGACAGCUCAUUGAAGAGUGUAAUGUCAUUAAAGUGAUCGUUGAUGCCGUCUUUGAGUUGCUGCGGGAACAUUUGGAUAACAGCAAUCGCUUCAUCUUUCUGGGCUACAACUCAGAAAAGUUUUCCCGCAUCCAGGUCAUCUUCCAUGACCUCAGGUACAUUCUGAUCAGUAAGCCCUCUGUAUGGACAGAGGAGCUGCGAGGGCAGUUCCUGGAGGGAUUCAAGGUCUUUCUUGGAUUUCUUAAAUGCAUGCAGGGUAUGGAGGAAGUGAAGCGCCAGCUCGGGCAACAUAUCGCGGUGGAGCCAGAAUGGGAGGCUGGUUUUACUCUCCAGAUCCAGCUCCGUCACAUUCUUCCCAUGUUUCAGGACUGGUGCUCCUCUGAUGAUGAGAUCAUGCUGCAGGCGUUUAAGGCGUGCCACGCAGCCCUGACCGAAUGCAACAACCAGCCUUUAAACAGGGAGCCCGCUGACUUCUACAUGUGCAAGCACAUCCUGCAUGCUCGUCCAUACAGAGUGUCGCAGGAGCCGGUCAGCAUACACCUGCCCAUUUCCAGGCUGCUAGCAGGUCUGUAUGUACUUCUGUGGAAAACAGGCGCCAUUAAACGUCUGAAUAAUCCCGAAGGCUACGAUUUUGUUCAGCUUGCAGAGCAUCCUCUGCACUGCGUGGUCCUCGCCGCUCAGGUUACGGCUGAGAUGUGGCGCCGAAACGGGUUGUCGUUGGUCAGCCAAGUCUACUACUAUCAGGAUGUAAAAUGCAGGGACGAGAUGUACGAUAAAGAUAUUGUCAUGCUGCAGAUUGCUGCUUCCAAAAUGGAUCCCAACCACUUCCUCAUGCUGAUCCUGCUCAGGUUUGAGCUUUUUGAAAACUUCAAUGGAGGUUGUGUGAACAAAGACCAGGAUGAGUUGAUGCAAUGGAACCGUUUGACCGAGGAGAUGCUGUUCCUGCUGAUUGUCAUCUUUGGUGAGCGCUAUGUUCCCGGGAUCAGUCAGGUGACCAAAGAGGACGUGACGAUGAGGGAGGUUGUCCACCUGCUCUGCAUCGAGCCCAUGGCUCAUAGCACUUUGGUGAAGAGCCUCCCAGAGAAUGAAAAUCAGGAAACGGGCCUGGAGGCGGUAAUAGCAAAAGUUGCUACUUUCAGAAAGCCAGGCGUGUCUGGACAUGGUUUAUAUGAAGUAAAAAAGGAGCGGCUGAUGGAUUUUAACCCCUUCUUUUAUCACUACUCGAGAUCUCAGCGUAGCAAGGCGGAGGAGUCUCAGAAGAAGAGAAGAGCUCAGGAGAGUAAUGAUAAAGCUCUGCGUCCUCCGGUGCCACCAGCCUUUUCUCCAAGUUUCUCCAGGAUCGUGCACCUCUUCUGCUGUGAUGUUAUCAUCCACAUCCUGAGACACAUCCUGCAGAGAGCCGCGGAGGAUCAGUCGACGCAUUGGACCGAAGCCAUGAUCCAAAGGGCCCUCCAUUUGAUUGGUCAAGCAUUGGUGGAAGAGAAGACCCAGCUUGAGAACAGCAGUGUGGAGGACGUGACCUUUGAUUUCAGCCUGAAAGCCCGCGCAGUUGGUUCAGAACAGGGCAAGUCGCUCUUCCUCUUAUUGUCCAAGAUUAAGGGACUGCCCUCCCUUGAAGCUCAGAAAGACUUGAUCAAAUGGCUUCUGCAGAUGUUUGAGAUUGUGAAGUGCCUGAGAGAGAAUUCCAGUUCUACGUUUUGUGUGAGCAUGGACACAACCAAGCCAGAAGAGAGCACCCAGGACAAAGACAAGGCUGAGCGGAAAAGGAAGGCAGAGGCAGCUAAGCUCCACCGACAGAAGAUCAUGGCCCAGAUGUCAGCAAUGCAGAAGAACUUCAUUGAAUCAAACAAGAUGCUGUAUGACAACAUGCCUGAGCCAGGCACACAGGAAGAGCCUGUGACAUCUUUUGAGAGCUCUGCCAUGGAGCAGAGGGAACUUUGCAUAGCCUUCGGACCUCUCAGGGGACCCACCCCAGCUGAGAGGGAGGUGCUCACCUGCAUUCUUUGUCAGGAGGAGCAGGAGGUGAUGCCUCUGGCUCAGGCCAUGGUUCUGACUGCUUGUGUCCAAAGAUCCACCGUGUUGACCCAGUGCAGAGGAAGAAUCCCAGCCAACAGAUCGGAUGGAACUGGGACUUAUCCCCUCUUCAUGCCCCCUGACCUUGCGGUGGGGACCCACACUGGUAGCUGUGGACAUGUUAUGCAUGCCACAUGUUGGCAGAAAUAUUUUGAGGCAGUUCAAAACACCACCAGAAACAGACUCCAUGCUGAGCUCAUCGUCGAUCUGGAGAACGGAGAGUACCUGUGUCCAUUGUGCAAGUCUCUGAACAACACAGUGAUCCCUCUCAUCCCCUUAGAGCCACUUACAUUCAACUAUGAAAAUGCAGAGAUAAUAGGACAACACUUGACACUGCCCCGCUGGAUUCAGGUCCUCGCUGCCAGGAUUAAAGGACUGAAGUCUGUCAUGCAGGAAAAUGAUUUUAAUGCAGAUGGUGGGAGCGGCAGCAGUGGUGCAGCUGGUCUGUUUGGUGACGGCCAACCAGACUUCAGAUCCAUCCUGGCCUAUGGAAUACAAGAACCGAGGAAGUUCUCAGACGGAAUCACAGAAAUGCUGGUGGUGUGCGCCACCACAGUCCACAGAGUGGGACUGAAGACGGCACCCAAUGAGCUGUGCCCCCGGGUGCCCCUCAUGGCCUGGAACACAUGUGCCUUCACUAUCCAGGCCAUAGAAAACAUAUUGCAGGAAGAGGACAAGCCACUGUUUGGAUCCUUACAAAACAGACAAAUUGCAGGACUGAAGGCGAUUGUCCAGUUUGCAGCAUCACAGAGACUUAGGAGCUCCCAGGGAGUUAUCCAGAGGCACUUUGCAGACAUGAUGGGGGUCUUACUGCCGGUCCUGAGCAGGAAGAACACGCCUUCUGUUCUGGAUGUUGACUUCUUCCAUCUUUUGGUGGGGUUAGUGCUGUCGAUGCCUUCUCUGUACCAGGAGGAAGGAAUUGACUUGCAGCCCUCUGCUGUGAGCUCUGCCUUCAACAACAUGUACAUCUUUCACCUGGUUACUAUGGCUCACAUUCUGCAGCUCCUCCUGAUUCCCACAGAUAUUCCAGCUGCAGGGGAUGGAGAGGAGACCGAGGAGGCAAGAUCAGCAGCAGAGUUAUACAUAACAGUGUCUCAACACACUGGAAGGCUGCUUCCAGACCUGUCCGGUGGCUCUGUGGCACAAAAGGUGAAGGCCGGAAUUGAACCUUUUCUGCGAUGUGCUGCUCUAUUUUUCAGCUGCCUUACAGGAGUACAUCCUCCAGAGGAGCUUUUUAAUGCUUCUGUUACCUCUCCAGGACAGAUGGAGGCGCUGUGUAGCUAUUUGGCACUACCCUUCAAUAUCUUUCAGCUCUUCCAGGACUACAGAGACGCUGUUUUUCCUCUGCUUCAAAGGUGGUGUGGUAGCCCUUCCAUCUCCAAAGCCCUGCAAGAGAAAAUCCAGACCAUAAGAUAUCCGAGGAGAAGGAAUCGGUUGAUCGAUCUUCCAGAGGAUUACAGCGCCCUCCUGAAUAAAGCCAGCCAUUUUCAGUGUCCGAAGUCUGCGGUUGACGAAAGGAAGCAUCCGACUCUGUGUCUGGUUUGUGGGGCCAUGCUGUGUUCGCAGAGCUCCUGCUGCCUCAGUCAGCUGGAUGGGGAGGAUGUGGGAGCAUGCACGGCCCACGCAGCUACCUGUGGUGCUGGAGUGGGCAUGUUCCUCAGAAUAAGAGAGUGUGAAAUUGUCCUGAUGGCCAGUAAGACUCGAGGCAGCACGUACCCUGCUCCUUACCUUGAUGACUAUGGGGAAACUGACCCUCAUCUUGGAAGGGGCAAUCCUUUGCACAUCUGCCCAGAGCGUUACAGGAAGCUAAACCAGUUGUGGCAGCAGCACUGCAUCCUGGAAGAAAUCGCCCGCAGCCUGGAGAUGGUCAACGUUAUGUUUGCGUUUGAGUGGCAGCUGGUGUGAGGAUUUCCCGAGCUCUGGUGGCUUGUUGGGAAUGGUCAACAUAGCCACGGAGCACAGUGUUUCCACGGCACAUACACAAACAUGCACGUAUUUAAAGCCUUCCACAAUCAGAAGAGGCCUGAUCCCUUCCGGAGCGGUGAAACAGUCGGAGACGAAGAUGUGACCGAAGUCGCCUUGUUUCAGUUUGAUUGUGUGCUGGGGAUGAGUUUCACUUGAAGUGAUCUUUUCCUUUUGUUUUUCAAAAAGCUUAUUUGGAUGAAUUCAAAAUCAAAAGUCCUCAAAAAUACAGAUUUUUAGUUCAUAGAUUUGAUUUCUCUCCGUAAUGUUGUUCUGUUUUUGUGUUUAAACAUUUUCAAUGCAGUUGUUAAGCUAUGGAGAGUUUUUUCACGUUGAAGGGUCUGAAUUUGGUUAGAAAUCCUAUUUAAAUUGAUUGUUCCCUCCUAAGUGUAUAGAUGCUUUGAGAUAUGGACCCAUCUGCUGUCACCUUUACUCUUGUAUGGAAAACACUUGUUGAAUCAAACCUACAGCGGGUAGGUCUUUGUUUGCCUUCAGACUGAUUCAACAUUCUAACAGGUUCUCUGUAAUUAUCUCGAAUAAUGAUGUAGAUGCAGCUUUUCCAAAAUCUCCCAUAUAUCUGAGUUUGAAAUCCUUGGUGACUUUUAGAAAGAUUUUAUUGUUUCCUACUACAGCAUAUCCAUACAUCAUGAAAUCCUUACAUUAACAACAGUAAACCAAAGUAAGCAUGGUUGUAAUUACAAUAUGGGGAAGGAACUGUUAUGAGACACCUUUUCCCUUCCUUUAGUCAUGUUAAGUCACUUAACAUAAGUAAUAAAUGUAAGAAAUGUACAAUUUAUUCUAUAUAUUCUAUGUGAAUAUAUAUUUUCUGUUUUGUUUGACUGUACCACACGACUUCCUGCUGUUGAAAUAAAGAGAUGCAAGUUACUGUA